AUGGACUUUGCAGGAGACGGGCGAAACGAUGCCCUGGCUGAUGGCCGACGCAUCUACUUAGGCGCGGCAACCUGUUCUCAACCCUCCUGCAAUCUCCACUACGAGCUCAAGUCGGAGGACAUUGAGGAGUUUCUCAUCUCCAAUGGCUUUGACGACAUUGAGAACAUCCAGAUCUCGGUGGACGCCGUCAGCGGCCGCAAUCCCGGCUACUGCUUCGUCGACUUUUCCCAGCGGGCAACGGCUGACCGGGCUCUGAACGAGCUGAGGGCGAGCCUCCGCGGUCGUGAGCUCAAGGUCGGUCCAUGCGAGCCUAGGAAGAAGCGCACCGGAGACGGCCGACAGGGCUUCCAGCGGUCCAACGACUGGAGGGGUCAGUCAGGCGAUGACGGCCAGCAGUUCCAGGGCGGCGAGGCCAGGGACAACAGGCCCCGAGGCUUCACCCGCUCCGACGAGGUGGUUGAUGAGUCUCAGGGAAAGCGACUCUAUGUGGGAGGACUGGCCAAGAUGGGAGACCCUGAGCAGAACACGCAGGAGAUUAUCGACAUCUUCACUGGAUUCAACCCGUCAAACAUUGGCAAGCGCAUCGCGCCUCAUGAGAGCGCCCGCAGCCCUGCCGGAACAUACUACUACUGCUUUGUCGACUUUGAGACCAAGGAGGAGGCUGAGGCCGCCAUGCAGGCGCUGGACGGCGCCCAGUACGAUGGAGGAUUGCUCAAGGUGUCGCUGGCAAAGCGCACGGAGAGGCAAUUUAACCGCCCCAAUGCCACGUCAGAUCGUAAUGGCGGCCAGGGACGCGGCUGGAGAUCAAACAACAUGCAAACACGAACUGAGGGCGGAGCUGCGGCGGCAAGGGCCAUGGGAUCCAACAACUGGCGGAAGCGGGAUGGCGAGUAA